AUGUCGCUGGUGCGUUCACAUCCAUUACUCUCGGGAAUUUUGUUUGAUGGGGGUGUUGACCUGGACCGUCAUGAAUAUGGUUUCAAUCCUGCUGAUGUUCUGAGAGAUCUUAACUUUCCCAACCCAAAUCCGAUGCUCGUGGCGAACGUUCCCGAGGAGCCUGCAAACCAAUUCAAAGUCAUGUUGUACCUCAGGCACUUUAUUCCCGAGAAAAUCCAAAUAACUAUCAGUGACAAGGUCAUUACUGUGAGGGGUGAACAUAAUAGUCGGUUGGAUAAACAUGGAUUUGUAAUGCGCUCCUUCGAAAAGACAAUUCCUGUGCCCGAUGACGUCGACGAAGCUGCCAUCAGUGCCAUGUACUACCAAAAUGGUGUCCUUGUUAUCCGAGGUCCUCGUGUUUCUGAAGGCGUUCCUGCUUCUGUUAUUCGAGAAGUACCGAUUAAGUUGCAGGCGCAAACUCAUAUGCAAACAUAUGUUGUGAAAGCUGUAAUAGUGACGGAACCUCGUCAUCCUGGACUGAUAUAA